GAUUUUGACAGAUGACAUAUAAAGUAUGGUUGUACGAUUCAAUCAGUACGUCAAAUUUCUUAGUAAAGAGAGGUUGAAUUUGUCUGUGAAAAUUAUUUAUAUUUUCAGUUCAAUCCGUUUAUUAUUUUGUAAUAAAUAUUGCAGUUGUGCAAUAAGAAUCUUUUAAUUAAUAAUGUAACGAUUAAAUAUUUAUUUAUUAAAAAAGUGAAUGAGUGUUUGUUUAGUGUCCAUCUGUUUGAAUAUUAUACAGUAACCCCAAGUAUUUAACUUUUAAUAACAAAAUGACGUCUUCGAAUGACGAUAUUAUUAAAGCUAUUCUUCAGUACCAAGAAAGAUUGGAUAGAUACAGCCAGAAUAAAAAUGAAGACAAGAUGCUGUAUGUUAUUGGAAAAUUGAGUAAGCUCCAAAUUAGAACUCUACAUUUAGAAACCACUGGUAUUGGUAGGACUGUUAAUGCAUUAAAAAAGCUGGGUGGUUCAGUAGGUGACGCAGCUAAAGAUUUGGUUACUUCAUGGAAAUUUAUGGUGUUGGAGGAGGAAAAAGCAGCACAAGAGACUUCUCUCGAAGAUGAUGCAGAUUCUGUAUAUUCAAGUGAAAAUGAGAAUAAAGACUGUCAAAAACAAGACUCGUCUAAAGAAAAUAUAAGUCAUUCAGAGAAUGAGAGUGACGGUUAUGGUAGCAAACCAGAAAUUCAUAGAAAUAGUAAAAAUGAAGUAGAAAGUAAUUCGUGUAAAUAUAACAAAGGUGAUAGUAGAAGUAAAUCCAGUAGCUCAUCGUCGUCAUCUUCAGAAUCAUCAUUGUCGUCAGCAGAAUCUGAAAAGGAGACUUAUAGCAAACGCAAAGAACACCAUUCUCGAAAAAGGAGUCAUUCGUAUAAUUCUAGUUCAGAUGAUAGAGAAACACAUCACUCUAAAAAGUUUAAGAAUGAUAGUGAUCGAUCUAGUCAAGAUAACUACAAAAAUAAAUCCUCUAAAGAAAGUAGGGGUGAUAAGCAUAAAAAAAGUGAUAAUAAACACAGAGAAAUCUCAGAGAAGCACAAGAAGAAUUCAGAUAAAUGUAAAGAGAGCUCCUAUCGAUCUGAAUCCAAGCAUAAAUCAAAGAAAGAUACUGAAAGUGAAUCGAAGCACAAAUCUGAUAAAAAAUAUGAUGAAGAAAAACAUAAAAAAGAUUCUGAAACAGUAAAAUCGAGUCAUAACACCAAAAAGCACGAGGAAAAGGAAAAUAGUCGUCAUAAGUCAGAUAAGCAUAAAAAUGAAAAGACUGAUAAGCACACUAAAUCUAGUCAUUCUUCUAAAGAUAAAGAGUCGCGUCAUUCUAGUUCAAGCAGUAAAAGAGACUCAAAAAUAGAGAAAAAAUCUUCUGAAAUUAAAUUAAAAGAGAGUAUAAAAGAAGAUAAAACAAAAUACACAUACAAAUCAAAAGAUUCUCAUGCAAGUUCAUCUUCAAAACAUAAAUCUAGUAAUUCUGAAGAUCCGGCUAAAAAGAAAGUUAAAUUAGACAAAAUUUCGAAUGUUACAAAGAAAGAAAUUGUGCACGGUAUUGAUUCGGGUUCAGGAGCAAGUUUUGCAGAAGCUUUAGGUAUGUGCGGUCCUAUGGCGCCUAAUUCUAAAAAGAAAUCUGAUAAACCUAAGAUUACUCAAAAUCCCACUAGAUCAUUGGAAAACGUCGAAACGGAAUCUACAAAAAAUAGGAAAUCGAAAAAUGACGAUAGUGGAAGCUCUUCUUCUAAAAUCGUAGUACCUGAAUUAUUAAAAGAAGAACCAAUAGAGCCUUUGAACGUUUGUUUAUCUAGUCUUCUACCAGAGAUUACCCCGAAUUACAAACCAUUAGGAAUAUCUUUAGAUACACAGCCCAAACGUUUAUAUACAGAUGACGAAGCAUUAAGUAGAGUGAUGACAAACAAAAAUCAAAGAACCAAAGUUUAUUCCGGAAAUAAAACCGUUGGAAAAGUCGAAAGUUUGUUCCAACUAUGCGUUAGAGUACUACAAGAUAAUAUUGACGCAUUAGAAUAUACGGGUGGUGUUCCUUAUAUAAUCCUCAAGCCGAUAAUGGAAAGGGCUACAGCAGAUCAGAUAUUUAAUUUGGAGCACCACAACCCGUAUUUGAUUGAGGAUACCGACGAAUUGUGGCAGUUGCAUUGUCAGAAAGAUUUCAGGAAUAAACAGAGGGAGGAAAUGGAAUCGUGGCGUGACAUGUACAUGCGUUGUUUAGACGAAAGGGAAGCCAAAUUAAAUGCCGUUAAAGCGAAUAUAAAAUUAUCGCAAGAUAAAUCGAUACCAGUUAGGACUACUAAACUCGCUUACAUUGAUUCCGAGUUCGUUAAACCGCCGAGAAACGUCGCUAAAAGACAAGCCAAAAACGGUACCAUCAAUACCGAUAGGAAAAUAACGACUACUCAAAAAUUGACGGCUUUAGCUCAAUCUGGGGAAGCCGGUAAAGUAUCCGUUCCAGAUCCUGGAAGAAAAGCCGCAGAUAGGGGUGGUAGUAGUGGUGCUGUUAGUAGUACAACGGUGAUGAAAGCAAAGAAGGCGCCUCUCAUGGCAAAAACUUUAUCGUUUAUGAAAAAUAGAUUCAGAAGGUGAAAGGAAUUUGUUGGGAAGCGUCACGAAGUGGUCUUAUAUUUUUGAACAAGGAGAAUUUUAUGUAAUUUUUUAUGCAUUAUUUUCGACUGUAAAAAUUGAAUCAAUUAAUUUAGGUUAGUUCGUCUCAACCCCCCGUUGUUUAAAUUUUAUCAUUGCAAGUAACUUUGUUAUUGUUGUGAUUAGAAUCCUUAGAAUAAUCUUUUUUCGAAAUUAAUUAAUUCCUUUUUAGUAUUAGUUCAUUUUUUUUAUCAAAAUUAUUUAUGACUCUAUUUUUCGUGAUAUGUUAGUUUUAUGCUCCAUUAUGAUUUUAAGUCGUUAAAAUUUACCAAAUUUUGAUUUUCUUAAAAAUUUUUUGGUUUUUAAAUUGUUAGUUCGGUGAAAAGAUUCUUUCGUAAUACAUUAAUAGAUUUUGCUUGGUACAUGACCAUCAUAAGUUUAUUUUUGGUACACUAUCAUCAUUUAUUUUAAGGUGCUAUUUUUUAAAAAUCCCCUUUUAUCCAAAAAUCAAUAAAUUAUUCUUGUGGAUUACUAAUUUUGUGAAAAAACAUUUUGUUAGUGCAGUUUACUGUUUGAUAUGAGUAGUAGUUCAUUUGUCUCAUCUUUAUUUCCAAAUAUUAAUGACUUUUUGUACUAAGAAUGUAAUUUUGGUACACAACCUUCACCUGUUAUGAGGUUUCCAAAUCAAAAAAUGACUAGUUUUACAUGUGGAUUACUAAUUUUUCGAAAAAACAUUCUUCAAAUGCAGUUUACAUUUUGAAAUGGGUGAUAGUUCAUUUGUAUCAUCUUUAUUUUUAAUUAUGUGUCUUUUGGUACUAAAAAUAGGUUUUUGUUCCCAACCAUCACUUUUUUUGAGGUUUUCAAUCCUUUUGUACUCAAAAAUUGGUUAAUUAUAUCUUUGGAUUACCAAUUUUUCGAAAAAACAUUCUUUUAUUGCGGUUUACGGUUUGAAAUGAGUGGUAGUUCAUUUCAAUCAGCCUUCAUUUAAAAAAUUUAUGACCUUUUGCAUUAAAAAUAUUUGUUUGGUAUAUGUGCAGUACCUAUUAUGAGGUACCAUUUUUUAAAAUUGUUUUUUAUCUAAAAGUAAAUCAUUUAAUCUUGUGGAUUGUCAAUUUGGUAAUAAACACAUUUUUAUAAGUUUUUAAUUCAAACAUUUUAGUCUUUAUGUAUUAGUAGUUCAUUUGUAUAAUUUUUAUUUUCAAAUAUUUAUGUCUUUUUCUUUUUUUAAUUCUUUUUUCUUCAAAAAUUAAUCAAUUAUACUGGUGGAUUACAAAUUUUUAAAAUUUAUUGAUUCUGAUGUACAAAAUGAUAAAAACUUUGAUUUUCCAGUUUUUAAAAAAAAGUUACAAGAAACUUUUACAAAUAAUUUUACAAGCAACUGAAGUACCAUAUGAAAUAUUUCAGAUUUUUGUACAAUAAUAGUCUUUGUUUGAUAAAAAAUUGUCAGUUGAAUAGGUUUGGGGCUCCAUUUUCUCAAAUUUACACCAUUUUCUUAAAAUUUUUAAUACAAGUGGACGAUUUGAUAUAUUUUUGGUCCAUCUUUAUUAGUUCAAUUUGUACAUACCCUUGUAUAAAUUUUGUACGUAGAUAUUAUGAUUAUUAUAAUUUUUAAAUGGAUGUGACAGUCGAGGAAGAAUUCCAAAAAUAGGUAUUCUGGAUGAAUUGGAAGUUUAAAAUUAUUAAGUCUUCCUCGACUUUAUUAUAAAAUUGUGAAAUUUUCAAAAAUUCUUAUUCGUGUGAUAUGAAUUAUAUUUAUAAUUAUUGUUAAUUAGAGUUUAUUCAUUAUUAAUGCAAUAAAUAAUUAAAAACAUA